AAAAUGUUAUGGCGGCAAAAAUGGCGGUUUGCAGCUCUCGGCGGCAUCGCACGUUUUGUUAGCGCCAUGCUCCGUCCCACGUAAGUUUUCCCGAACUCGCAUUCCGACCAGAUCGUACAAAGCAGCGCGGUGCAUCAAGCGCCGGCGGCUCUGAGAACCAGCGAUGGCGGAGCGCCCCGAGGACCUCCACUUGCCGGUGUCCGUGGUGACGCGCAUCGUGAAAGACGCGCUGCCCGACGGCGUGAACGUCUCCAAGGAGGCUCGCGUAGCGCUCUCCAAAGCGGCGAGCGUGUUCGUGCUGUACGCGACGUCGUGCGCCAACAACUUUGCUGUGAAAAGCAAGCGGAAAACGGUGACCGGAGCCGACAUUAUCUCUGCCAUGGAGGAGAUGGAGUUCGGCACCCUGGUCAACCCGCUCACUGCCUGCCUGGAGCAGUUCCGGCAGGGCAAGACCAAGAAGGACGCCGCCGCCAAGGCCAAGAAGCCCGAGGCCGACAAGACGGACGCCGGGUCGUCCGGCGAUGCGGAGAUGGCCGACGAAUCGGAGUUCGCCGAAGAGGCCGAAGAUGCCGAAGAUUCCGACGAAUAAAUAAAGAAAUAAUGCAGCCAGCGUAA